AUGCCAGUGAUUCUUCAGUCAAGCGGGGGUGGGGGUGGAUCGGUGGAGUAUACGGAGUACAGAGUAACACUCGCACUUAUAAAAUGGCUGAAGAACACAUCCCAGCUGCACACAGCGUUCAUCAUGCAUGCUAUUUUACUCCUCGUUCCCUGUGCACUAUACCUGCUCUCUCGGGUUGUGCAAUCCCUGCUUUCUCCCUUGAAAUCCAUCCCAGGUCCUUUCUGGGCCCGCUUCAGCAACCUCUGGUACUUCAACCGCCUCUGGAAUGGCCAAUUCGAACACGAGAAUAUCGCACUGCAUCGAAAGCAUGGCCCCAUCGUUCGGCUUGGUCCAAGUCACUACAGCAUUAGUGAUGCCGAGUCGGUGAAGAAGAUCUACGGCCCGGGCUCCAAGUUCGCCAAGUCGGCUUGGUAUGAUUCAUGGAAGCAUCCUGCGCAGUGGACUGUAUUCUCCGACCGGGAUAUCAAACGACACUCCGAAACCCGGAAACGAUUCACCAGCCUGUAUUCCAUGACCUCACUAGUCCACUAUGAGCCAUUCGUCGACCACUGUGCAGAUCUGUUCGUCGGGCGACUCAACGACUUUGCGGAGAAGGGAGAGAUACUCGAUCUGGGCUAUUGGUUCCAAUGCUAUGCGUUUGACGUGAUAGGAAAUAUCACUUUUGGAGAACGUUUCGGAUUUCUGGAUCAAGGUCACGACAUCAAUGGUGCUAUUUCCGCCCUGCACGGGGUGAUCAAGCACAGUACCCUCAUCGGCGUAUACCCGGAAUGGCACCCGCGGCUCUUUGGAAUACUCAGCAAGUUCAAAUCAUCCGGUGCUGGUGGGCGGGCAUACCUGAUCAAAUUCGUGCAAGAGAAGCUCAAACUCCGCGAAACGACAUUCGGGGGUGACUCUGCUGGUUCUGCUGACACAAAGACUGAAGACUUCGUUGAAAAGAUGAUGAUGGCCCGGGCCAAAGACCCCGAGAAGGUAACUGAUUAUCACCUCUUUAUAAUGGGCCAGUCGAAUGUCAUGGCGGGCUCCGAUACAACGGCCAUCAGCCUUUCUACUAUCAUGUGGCAUCUGUUACAAUACCCAGAAACCCUCCGGAAGCUACGAGAGGAACUGGACGAGUUCACAGCUCAAGGCCGAUGCGGCGCAUCACCCAGCUUCAAGGAAACCCAGGAAAUGCCCUACUUCCAGGCGGUCAUGAAAGAGGCUUUGAGAAUGCAUGCAGCCACUGGUCUUCCUAUGUGGAGGACCGUUCCCGAAGGUGGAGCCGAGAUUCACGGUCGGUUCAUGCCGGAGGGAACGGUCAUUGGUAUCAAUACUUGGGUUGCGCAUUAUGACGAGACGAUAUUCCCUGAUGCCAGAACAUUUAGACCUGAGAGAUGGAUCGAGGCUGAGAAUCAGCCUGAGAAACUGAAGGAAAUGAACCAGAUGUACAUGCCGUUUGGUCUCGGCUCGAGAACUUGUCUUGGAAAACAUAUCUCUAUUCUUGAGAUGUCGAAGGUGAUCCCUCGUCUGAUUCAGGAGUUCGACUUUACUCCUUUGAGGAAGACGUGGCGCACGGAGAAUUACUGGUUUGUCAAGCCUGUCGAUUUUGAAGUCCGGGUACGACGACGCAAUCAACAUACAUGA